CAGUUCGAUCACCACCGAUUUUGCCACCAAGCCUCAAAAUGAUCAGAAUACGUUCUGAAAAUCACUCAAGAAACGACCGAGAACGAAGACAAAGAAGAUCUCGUAUUUCGGAACCAGAUUCACCUACAAAUGACUGCAGUCACUCAGAAAGAUAUGAAAAACGUGGCAACCUCAGUCCGUUGCGGAGCCCUCUGCGUGAAGAUAGGAUGCAUCACAAUAGAUCGCCACGGUAUGGGUGUGAAGACAUGAAACACAAACACCAUGACGUGAAAGAUCUCAGGGACAAGAUCAACAGAGGUAGCAGGCGCAGAGAACAAUUUAGCGAUUCCGACAAAACAAGUGGUCACCGAGAAAACAGGAACACCAGGCGCGGUCAUAGAAAUCAAGAAAACAAUGGUCCUGACAAGAAUGGGAAACAAAAGGAUGGCGGCAGACGAGUUGAGAAAACACCGAAAUUUGGCAAGGAAGAUUUCCCACCAUUGGCUCCAAAACAGUUGAAUUCUAUAAGUGAGGAUCGAGUUGUUGACGUCGUUGAUUCGUGCUGCUGGCACCUGAACACUGGUCUGUCGAAGCCCACGGACUGGAGUGAGCAGGUCGAGCAAUUUGAAGAGCAGGAGGAAAAAGCCCAAAGAGACUUGAGGAAGUUUAGAAGGAAGCUGACAUUGUCUGAAAGCAGUGAUGGCAGUCAGAAGAGUGGGAAAAAAAUUGUAUAUGAAGAAGAUCCAGGUGUGCUCGUACGCAGACAGAAACAGAUUGACUUCGGUAAAAACACGCUUGGAUAUGACAGAUAUAUGUCAUUGAUGCCAAAACAUCUCCGAUUAAAGGGUCAGCCACGUACCCCUGAUAAAUUCGGCAAGGUCAGCAGACGAUCGUUCGAUGCUCAAGUGAGAAUUUGGAGGCGGAAGUUGCAUUUUUUCGACCCUGAGGGCCAGGAAAAGUCUGUGGAUUCAAAGUCUGAUGUUCUCUUCAAUGAUGCUAGUUCAACCACUUCAUCUGUGGCCCAUGAAGAUUCAAGCAGCGGAUGCAUAAGUGGAUGUGUAAGCCAGGAAACUGAAACGUGGGAUGAUGUCAAAAAGGAGAUGGACGAUCGAGCCAAUAUGUCGGACAACGGAUCGGAUAUUUCCGAUGAUCUCAUGAACUUAGCUUUAACCGAAAGUCUCAAAUCCGUGCCAGAUUCAAAGUCAGAAUUCUUCUCUGGAUUCAAUCUUGAUGCAGACUUGGAGGAUGAGGGUUUCGUUUUGUAGAGAAACAAGGACAAUGUGUUUCUGUUGUAGAAUAUUUCCACAGUGUCAAUUUGUUUUUAUUCAAUGGCUACCAGAACUUUUGCAAAGAAUUGUUCAUCUACCACUUGUCAUUUUUUACUAGGAAUGUAGUUUGCAAUGACUUGUUUGGAGAGUGGUUCCAAUGCCUUUCGCUGUGUUGAAGUUUCAUGAAAUGAGGGAAGGUAGAGUUUAUCUUGGCUAGUUUCUUCACUCUCAAAUUUCAAGUUGCAUUUAAGUGAUCAGCCAGGUGGCUUAGACUUUCUGGUUUGAACACAAUACAAAGUAUCGAUAAAGAUUUUUGUCUUUAUUAAUUUUGUUUCGAUGAUGAUAUUGAUGAUGUUCCUGACUUCUCUCAGGGAUAGAUUUGUUUCUGGAAAAGCAACUUCAAAUCAUUAUAAUUUCUAUAAUACUAGCAUUGAGAAUAGUUGCUGUAGAGAUGUUUUCUGACAGCUAGUUGGCCUAUUGUAAUCCUGUGAAGGGGUGUGCAUGUAAUCUAUUUCUAAACAAAUGUUCUUUUCUUUAGUUAUCAAGUAACUUGUGUAGUUAAUAUGUGUACAGUGGGAUAAAGUUACUGCAGAGCUUGCAUAUUUACUUAGACAACUAAACCAUUGUCUUAGAUUCUAUUUUUAUUGAUGAUGGCAUUUAUUGGAAUUGUUGGCAAAGAGGGGGAUUUUGUAUUUGGCACCAAUGUGCGAGUUGAUUUCAUUUUGCAAAACCAGUGGCAGGUUCUACUCCUGCUUAAGUGGAUCUUAUUGGGACCAAAUUCUUAUAAUACGAAAACUGUCAGACAAUGUUAUAUAUAUCCAAAUCAUUCUUUGACCUUUAAACUUGGGUUCAGUAACCAUUUGCUCAUAAUAUGAAUUUAGUUAGUAGCUUUCGCAUUGAAAGAUUUUUGAAAAUAGAUAAUAUAAAAAUUUAGGUCUGUAGAGUUGUACAUAGAAAUUAAAUUUUAUACUUUCACUCUUCAUCGAUCGUUAUGGGAUUGAUAGUAAAUUUCUGUUUCCAUUAGAAAAUUCUUGAUAUCAAAUUCCGGUUAUUUGUAAGAAAGAUCAACAUAUGGAAAUUGGACUUCAGCAAUAAGACAAAGCAUAAUGAUAUUACAUCAGGCGUACUUUUUGGUAGUAAUCUGACAUCUCUUCUGAUAUUGCUCUGAUCGCAAAAAGGAAUGGAUGGAGGUAUAUUUGUCUGAAGUUGAUAUUCAGUCUGGAAAUAUGAAGUGAAUUUCCGAAAAAAAAAGGUUAUUAAAGGCGUUGUUUUAUUCUGACUGUCUCAACUGGAGGUCUCAAGUAUGAUGAUCAAAAUAGCGUCGUUGGUGCGAUGUUGGAUACCCCCAGUUUGUCCAGUAUGAAUUCAGCGAAUGACAUGAUGAAAUACUUAAGAGGGCGUGUAUACUCUGUUCUCGAGUUUAGGCCUAAUCAAUGUUUUAAAGCAAUGUUCAUUCAUCUGUACUAUUGCAAUAUUGUGCUGUAGUAAUAUACGCUUCGUUUGUACUUAAUUGAUAAAUAAAAGUCAA